UUCCUCUCUCUCCAUCUACACCACAAAAUCUUCUUCACUGCCUGCACUGAGCCGGCAGAUUUUCACAUCCCUUCGUUGUUAUCACAGAACCGCCAGCAACAUGGUGCAAUCAUCGGUGCUCGGUUUCCCACGCAUGGGACGUCUGCGUGACCUCAAGAAGGCCAACGAGGCCUAUUGGGCGGACAAGCUGUCCCGUGAUGAGCUCCUCGCCGAGGGAAAGAGACUGAGACUCGAGCACUGGAAGAUCCAGAAGGACGCUGGCGUGGACGUCAUCCCAUCCAACGACUUUGCAUACUACGACCAUGUCCUCGACCACAUUCAGAUGUUCGGCGCUGUGCCCGAGCGAUACAGCAGCGCCAAGCUGCACAAGCUCGACGAGUACUUCGCCAUGGGUCGUGGCCACCAGAAGGACAACGUCGACGUGCCAUCUCUCGAGAUGGUUAAGUGGUUCGACUCCAACUACCACUACGUCAAGCCAACUCUGCAAGACAACCAGACUUUCACUCUCGCAGAGAACCCAAAGCCUGUUGCUGAGUUCCUCGAGGCCAAGGAGGCUGGCAUCCAAACUCGCCCAGUUCUUCUCGGUCCUGUCUCUUUCCUCGCCCUCGGCAAAGCUGACCGUGGCUCAUCUGUUGACCCAAUCACUCUCCUCGACAAGCUCCUCCCAGUCUACGAGCAACUCCUCACACAGCUCAAGGAGGCCGGUGCCGAGACUGUCCAGAUCGACGAGCCUGUCCUCGUCUUCGAUCUCCCAGCCAAGACCAAGCAGGCUUUUAAGCCAGCCUACGAGAAGCUCACCGCUCUCCAGGGCAGCAAGGGCCCACAACUCGUCCUCGCCACCUACUUCGGUGACGUUGUGCACAACUUCGAUGUCAUCGACUCUGCUCUGACCGGCACCCACGCUUUCCACGUCGACCUCGUUCGCCACCCAGAACAGCUCUCUCAGGUGAUUGAGCACCUCGGCCCAAAGCAGGUCCUCUCUGCUGGUGUCGUUGACGGCCGUAACAUCUGGAAGACCAACUUCAAGAAGGCCAUUGAGGUCGUUGAGACCGCCAUCCAGAAGCUCGGCAAGGAGCGUGUCAUUGUUGCCACAUCCAGCUCGCUUCUCCACACCCCACACACUCUCGCCAGCGAGAAGAACCUUGACGAGGAAGUUCGCGCUUGGUUCUCUUUCGCCAGCGAGAAGGCCGUCGAAGUUGCCAUCAUCGCCAAGGCUGUCACAAACGGCCCAGACUCUGUUCGUGCUGAGCUCGAGGCCAACGCCAAGGACCAGCAGUCCCGUGCCACCUCCAAGCGCACCAACAACCCAGAGGUCAAGAAGCGCAUCGAAGCUGUCAAGAAGGAGGACUACGAGCGCAAGUCGGGCUUCGACACCCGAUACGCUGCCCAGAAGAAGCACCUCGACCUCCCCAUCUUCCCAACCACCACCAUCGGCUCCUUCCCUCAGACCAAGGAUAUCCGUAUCCAGCGUAACAAGUUCACCAAGGGUGAGAUCACUGCUGAAGAGUACGAGAAGUUCAUCGAGAAGGAGAUUCAAGAGUGCGUUCAGAUCCAAGAUGAGCUCGGCCUGGAUGUCUUCGUCCACGGCGAGCCAGAGCGCAACGACAUGGUGCAAUACUUCGGUGAGAGACUCGACGGAUAUGUCUUCACCACCCACGCUUGGGUCCAGUCAUACGGCUCCCGCUGCGUCCGACCACCGAUCCUUGUCGGUGAUGUCUCUCGCCCAGCCCCAAUGACUGUCAAGGAGAGCAAGUAUGCUGCCAGCAUCAGCAAGAAGCCCAUGAAGGGUAUGCUUACUGGACCUAUCACUUGCCUCCGAUGGUCCUUCCCUCGUGACGAUGUUCACCAGUCUGUCCAGGCUCAGCAACUCGCUCUCGCUCUCCGCGAUGAGGUUGUUGACCUCGAGGCUGCCGGUGUCUACGUCAUCCAGGUCGACGAGCCAGCUCUCCGUGAGGGUCUGCCACUCCGCUCCGGUGUGGAGCGUGAGAAGUACCUCGACUGGGCCGUGAACAGCUUCAAGCUCUCCACUGCUGGUGUUGAGGACUCCACCCAGAUCCACUCUCACUUCUGCUACUCCGAGUUCCAGGACUUCUUCCACGCCAUCGCCGCUCUCGAUGCCGAUGUCCUCUCCAUCGAGAACAGCAAGUCCGACGCCAAGCUCCUCAAGGUCUUCAUUGACGAGGCCUACCCACGCCACAUCGGCCCAGGUGUCUACGACAUCCACAGCCCACGUGUGCCAAGCGAGCAAGAGAUCAAGGACCGCAUCGCUGAGAUGCUUCAGUACCUCAAGCCAGAGCAGCUCUGGAUCAACCCAGACUGCGGUCUCAAGACCCGUCAAUGGAAGGAAACCAAGGCUGCUCUUGUCAACAUGGUCAAUGCUGCCAAGCACUUCCGUGCUCAGCACAGCAAGUAAACGCGUACUUGCAUAAUCUACUGUCCCGAAUGGUGUUCCUGGCGUCAAAAAAAUCAACAUGGGAACGGAAGGGAUGGUUUUGUUUGCCGGACUUUGAGCCGGUGUAGCGCUCAACAGCUACGAUUCAACAAGUGAUACCCAAUUUUACUCAACGUCUUUAUCAGCGAGGAGUUCAACAGAGAAAGGGAAUGGUUUCUCAUGAUGGAAUGAAAUAGAGUUACAGCUCGAUGACCUCAACGCUCAUCGAGUAUAGUCGCACGAUCGGGAGGGCGUCGUGCGACUUGUGACUGAAAAAGUACGAUUUGCAUUGUCAUGGUGUUUGUCAUAGACUAGGUAGUAGCUACCGAAAUUGUACUAUUGAUGGAUGA